AUGUCGAAGCGACCCCUGCAGGACGACGAGUCGUCCGUUGACGAGACAAAACGACGCCGCGAGAAGUCGCCUCCGGCACCAUCCUUCGAUUCACCCGAUACCACAAUGCAUAAGAUGAUGGACGGCAUCGAAUCGUCCUUCCAGCAGCAGAGUGGCAAUGGCCUGACUGGUGCCUCGGCGUUUACGGCGGCAAAUGCUCACACCGCCGAGGACGUUAUUGCCGAAAGGGCCAAGGCGAUUCGCUGCACCAUUGACGCAAUCUCAGAUCAACUCGCAAGCCUUCGAUUCCACUUGUCUGUGAACGCAGGGCAAAGUGAAGCAGUGGCGGAGUGCGUCUUACUUACCUCCCAGGUCGCCGAGGUUGGCAAGGACAUGCGAGGAUUGUUGCUCCAGAACAAGGCGAACCGAGAGAAUCGCGACCCGGGCACGCUGGGACUAUAG